AUGAAGCUGAACAUUUCGCAUCCCGCGAACGGCUCGCAGAAGCUGAUCGAUGUGGAAGAUGAGAGGAAGGUCCAGCACUUCUACGAGUACAUGGGCGCUGAGGUCCCGGCCGACCCUCUCGGUGAUGAGUGGAAGGGCUACAUCCUCCGCAUUACCGGCGGCAACGACAAGCAGGGUUUCCCGAUGAAGCAGGGUGUUAUCGCCCCGAACCGUGUCCGCCUCCUCCUCGCCGACGGCCACUCCUGCUACCGCCCUCGCCGUACCGGUGAGCGCAAGCGCAAGUCCGUCCGUGGCUGCAUCGUCGGUGCCGACCUUUCCGUCCUCGCUCUCUCGAUCGUCAAGCAGGGCGAGCAGGAUAUCCCCGGCCUGACCGACACCGUUCACCCCAAGCGCCUCGGCCCCAAGCGUGCCACCAAGAUCCGCCGCUUUUUCGGCCUCAGCAAGGAUGACGAUGUCCGCAAGUACGUCAUUCGCCGCGAGGUCCAGCCCAAGGGCGAGGGCAAGAAGGCCUACACCAAGGCCCCUCGCAUCCAGCGUCUGGUCACUCCCCAGCGCCUGCAGCACAAGCGUCACCGCAUUGCGCUCAAGCGCCGCCAAGCUGAGAAGGUCAAGGACGAGGCGAACGAGUACGCCCAGGUCCUGGCGAAGCGUGUCUCCGAGGCCAAGGCCCACAAGGCCGACGCCCGCAAGCGGAGGGCCAGCUCGUUGCGCAAGUAA